AUGGCAGAAGUUGUGCAUUGUACUAAUCAUACUUUUCUGUCUCCAACAGAUGUGAAAAAAUGUGUGAGGUGUCCAGAGAAUGAGUAUGCUAACAGAGAGAAGAAUCAGUGUAUUAAAAAAGCUGUGGUCUUUCUGAGCUACAUAGACACCUUAGGGAUAGUUCUCACCUUAAUGGCCUUAUUCUUCUCUGCAUUCACAACUGUGGUUCUUGGGAUAUUUGUGAAGUAUCACAACACUCCCAUUGUGAAGGCCAAUAACCAGAAUCUCAGCUACAUCUUGCUAAUUUCACUCAUCUUUUGUUUCUUGUGUCCCUUGCUUUUCAUCGGGCAUCCCAACUCAGCUACCUGUGUUCUGCAACAAAUCACAUUUGGAGUUGUAUUCACUGUGGCUGUUUCCACUGUGUUGGCCAAAACAGUGACUGUGCUGCUUGCAUUCAAAGUCACAGUACCUGGAACAAGGAUGAGGUAUUAUCUGGUUUCUGGUCUACCCAACUACAUCAUUGCCAUCUGUACGCUCAUCCAAAUUAGUCUCUGUACAAUCUGGCUGAGAUUUUCUCCUCCUUUUAUUGAAAAUGAUGUGCAUUCUGAGCAUGGCCAAAUCAUCAUUGUGUGCAACAAGGGCUCAGUUACUGCAUUCUACUGUGUCCUGGGAUACCAUGGCUCCCUUGCAUUGGCGAGCUUCAUCGUGGCUUUCUUGGCCAGGAAUCUCCCUGACAGGUUCAAUGAAGCCAAGUUGCUGACCUUCAGCAUGCUGUUGUUUUGCAGUGUCUGGAUCACCUUUCUCCCUGUCUACCACAGCACCAAGGGCAAGAUAAUGGUGGCUGUGGAGGUUUUGUCCAUCUUGGCUUCCAGUGCAGGCCUACUGGGAAGCAUUUUUAUCCCCAAGUGCUACAUAAUUUUGUUAAGACCAGAGAGAAAUUCUCUUCAAAAGUUAAGGGAGAAACCAUCUUCCUGGACACACAUUUCAUAA